CAUGAACACACAUUUUAGGGUUGCAAUAUUGAAUCUAUUAAAUGUAAGCGAGAAGCAGAAUGGGAAAUCUAUUUUGGAACUGUAUUUUAAAAUUCCUCUUCAAACAAUCUGUUCUCAUAAUUUAAUAAUUCAAUUUAUUGCAACAUAUUUCUUGCACCACAUGGUUUAAGACAGUUUUUGAGGAGCUUUCUAUAUUUGCACAUAAAAACAGUUAAAGAGAAGAUAACCAGGGUUUAGCAGACAGUUCCUAGCCGCUAUGUAGUACACUCACUCUUGGCUGCAGUCUUAUCAAGAUCUCCUUGAAUUCACUCCAAUCUGACACACUCAUAAACCGAGAAAGAUGUCCGGUGACACUCUCUACUCCACUGUGGACUUUUCUCAAAAGAAUCAAGGCAAACGAGCAGCUGGUAAAAUCAGCACAGGAAAAGAAGAUGAUGUUACCUAUGCUACAGUGAAGUUUGGAGAAGCUCAGAGCCGCCAGCAACAGCAAGCAGCCUCCAGCUGCACAGCGGACCUCACUGCUGGUAAAGCUCCUCCAUACAGAUGGGCUGCAUUGGUCCUGGCAGGGCUGUGCGCUCUCUCAGUGGCUGCCAUUAUAUUCCUUACAGUCUACAUUUCUAACAUGACGGUGGAGAGAAAACAAAUCCAAUCCCUGUAUACAAAACUGGAGAAGAACUACAGCAACAUCUCAGAGAAAUACUCAGCACUGGACCAGUACUGUCCCAUCACAGACACCUCUUCCAAGGAGCGAGUUUGUAAAGCCUGUCCACAGAACUGGGAGCUGUUCAAUGGCAAGUGUUAUUACUUCUCCACUGAUAAAAUGAACUGGAACUCCAGCCGUGAUAACUGCACAUCACUGGGGGGGCACCUGGUGAUUAUAGAGAGCGAUGGAGAGCAGGGAUUCCUAUCGUAUAAGGCCUGGAACAUCACAAAAGAGGCUAAUAUAGGCAAGGAAGAAGCGCAAUCCCACUGGAUUGGCCUGACUGAUGCUGAUACUGAAGGAACCUGGCUCUGGGUGGACGGCACUCCUCUCAUUGGCAAUGUCAAAACAAAAUUCUGGGGCAGUAGGUUUUAUAACGGUGUUGAUUAUGGUAAAGAGCCUGAUAACUAUAGUGGAGUGGACCCGUCUGGUGAAGAUUGUGCACAACUACAGCCAAAGAGGAAUUCCAAUGAGACCUGGUUUGAUGCCUCGUGCACAAAACAAUAUAAAAGGAUUUGUGAAACUAAGGCAGUGAUAGCCUAAUAAGAGGAUUAUCAGGACAAUAGGAAGCUAAGGUUACUGAAGCACAAAGAGAGACUAGAAAGAAUAGAAGAAACUCAGUUCAGAUAGACAAGCAUGCAGGUCACCCCCCAACAUUACCAUAUUAACUGUUUGAUUCCCACAUUAUGAAAAAGCACAGGUAACAAUGAGCUGGUGGUUAUUUGUACUGAAUGUAGUCUGGCCUUGAGAACAGAAUUGCAUUGUUUGAUGUUCUGAAACAUUAAGAAUCUCACAAUAUGAAAGUGCAUCUGAGAUAUAAAACUGAUCUCAGGUAGUUUAGCAAUGUGAACAGAAAGGUCAGUGUUUAUUUAAAUCCACUGCACACACACACACACACCCAGGGGACACUAAUAUUUUGUAAAUAUUAGGCAGGUUUUUCAGAACUUUUAAUCUAGAUAAAGGGCUAAACACACUUCACUUUGUGUUUUUUUUUUUUAUACCAGCCUAUUCAUAGCGAUUGCAAGCAUUUUUCUCUUCAAAUGUCCAAUGGAACGUCUGAUUUUAGAUUUUAUUUUAAAA